AUGUCAAAUCAUCAGCAGACAAAUGGUGUGACCUUCACACCCAAGAUGUGGAAUCAAAUGCAACAAAUGUUUGCAUUCUUUCAGACAUCACAACAGAACGUAAUGGCCCCUCAGACCCAAAAACCAACUCCAACAAACCCUCAGACCGCCCCUCAGGCACCGCUACCAACAGGAUUGGCCCCUGCACAAUUGCAUCAGGAUCUUGUUACCCCAACCCGGAACGUUCCAGCAGAAAAUCCUUGA